AUUAGACAAGUCUGAACACUCAUUAAGCAUUAAGGAAUAUAAUGCUUCAUGUCACUGACUACCAUUUCAAAGUACAACCUCCCCCGAGGACUGGGCAGCUAUGGGAAGACUUAGGUUCCUGAUUGUGGUCAUUAUGGUGUCAAUGAAUAAAACACCAGGAAAUUGUGAAACUACCAAAAACAAUGAAUGUAUUGCAGGGGUUCCCGGUAUUCCAGGAACACCAGGUAUAAAUGGCCAGCAUGGACCUACUGGCAGAGAUGGAAAAGACGGACAACCAGGAACAAAAGGUGACCCAGGUAAACCAGGAGAACAAGGUCCACAUGGUCCCCCAGGAAAAUUAGGUCCCCCAGGAGCGAAUGGAAUUCCAGGUCCCCCUGGUGCUCCAGGACCCAAAGGUGAAUCUGGAUCAUCCCCCACCAGGAACAGCUAUGCUUUUCAUGUGGGACUAAAAACAUCCAAUCCAGGUGGCGGCACACCCAUUAAGUUUGAGAAAGUAUUUUAUAAUGAGCAUAAUGUCUACAAUAUAGAAACUGGAAAAUUAACCUCUCCGGUAAAUGGUGUAUAUUACCUAACCUACCACAUUACAGUGUAUGGUAAAAAUGUACAUAUUGUACUGAAACAUAACAAUAAGAAUGUACAAUUUAUGUAUCACGUGUUUAACUCAGGCACUCAACAAGCUUCCGGUGCCUGUAUUCUAGACAUGAAGAAAGGUGAUGAGGCUUGGCUGGAGGUCUAUCAAGACAACAAUAAUGGUCUUUAUACUGAUAGCAAUGAUGACACUACAUUUUCAGGAUUUAUAAUUUGACUGUUUAUCACUUUUUAUGGGAAUUCCACUAAAAUAUUCACUGAAACAGAAAUAAAAUCUAAUAUAUUUGGAAGGAA